CAGGAGUGUUCCAUACCUUGACACGCACCAGACAUCCAUUCUAAAGGAAAUCAUGUUGCGUGUAUGCACUGCGAUGGAGAGCUUCAUGCCGCCGAGACUUUUCGAGAAUGGCGCUUCGUGAGCAUACUCAGUCCAUCGAUCAUGUGAAUGGUGGGGUGAAGGUAAACGAUCUUCCGGAACAGGCGAGCGUCGUUGUGAACCGUCACAUUCGUACGGAAAGUUUCGUCGCUGCCAAAAGCACGCGAAAACGAGUUGUCAAAACCUCUCGCAAGCGUCAUGUAUCUUACGUGGCGUUUGGUAUCUGUAUUUCCAAUCCCGAUGUGCAUCAAUAUGGCAUAUUGACUCCUUCAGAUAGGUUUAUUGGAGGUUUGGAGUCAGCACAAGUCACUAUCUAAUGGCGACGCUGUGCGCCCGUGCCCGCAUAGUUUCUAAGUCAGCUUUCACCUAUUCAC